AUGUCGUCUCUUGGAAUGAGAAGGAAGAGUUUAGAAGCUGGUCAUAAAGGAUGUCACGCUUCAAAGGGGGGAAGGGGUUCAAAUAUUUGUGACACGGGGGAGGGGGGAGAUAUAACAACGUCCUGCUAUGAAUACCGAAGUAGGAACUUCAGGAUUUGGUUCAGAUGCUUUCACACCAACAACAGCCACGUCGCCAUCAACUUCAAAAAAGUGGCAAAAGAAAUUUUGACACCGAUAGAAUUUCAGUCGGAAGCUUGCCAAUACUGGCUGAAUGUCUCCACUUGCAUAGAAAUGCAUAAUGGGUUCUGUUACGAUAAGUACAACUUAUAUUUGGCCCUGUUAGAAACAAUUUUGAUUCUGUGCUCUGAAACUCCUGAUGGCCUGGCAGCCGCCUACAAAGUUCUGAUUUUGAGUGACGAAAAGCAGUUUGAGAUGGAUUCGAUGGUGGAACGUUGUAUGCUUGAGGACGGCUUCAUGAUUGACGAUUUCGAACGCUGCUUGGGUUCUGGCCAGUGCAGCGAAAACUUCAUGAAAACGUCUUACCUGUGCAUGGCCAGUUCGUUCGCCGUCGAAACGCCAGACCCAAGAUUGAAAACCAUCCUCAUGGAGUACGCGACUAUCUUUUUCAACAAACUUGGAUUCAAUUUUGAACUCGGUACUUCAAAGUUUUGA